UGUGGUGGGGCUGCAGACAGUUGCCUGCCAUGGAGUCCGAAGAUGCAGCUGCUCAGUCUCACCGGGCCCCCAAAUGCUCACGCUGCCGGAACCACGGCUUUGUGGUACUCGUGAAGGGCCACGCAGGCCACUGCCGUUGGAAGCAGUGCCCAUGUGAAAAAUGUGCUCUCAUUACUGAACGCCAGAAGAUCAUGGCUGCGCAGAAGGCCUUGAAGAGGCAGGGACCAGACUCCCCACUCAGGGAAAUGUUGCCACCUGGUCAGCACAGCCCCAGCAAUGAACAGGUGGCAACCACAGGUGGCGGCAGAAAGUGCUCCAGGCUGAAUCUUUCAGAACCCCACACCCAGGGGUCUGUUGUGCAGGAAGGAGCCAAGGUGACUUCUGCAGCAGUUAGCCACUGUACGAGGACAAGGGCUGCCAGGAUAUCACCCAAACCCAGCUCUCCAACCUUCAUAGACUUAGACCAGCCUCAAGAAUGUGCCGUUGUGGGCCCAGAAUCUGUGGACAGGGAGCCUCCCAAAGUGUAUCCUGGGUACUCUGGGAUGUACCCUUACCAUCCAUUUCCUGUUGGAUUCGCUAUCAACCAAACAGGCUACAGAGGCCCUUCACCUGCCUCCGUCUUACCCCUUCAAGCAGGUUUCAGGCACUUCCCUAGCAGUCACGGGCCAGGUGUUGCUUCUAUGCCAAUGCAAGAUGUAGGUGGAGAUUUUCGUCCAGGUUAUUACACUCCAUUGACACCUUUUAUACCUCAGGGAUUUCUGCCAGGAAUUCACUACAUUCCGCCGCCUCUCCCACUGAAUGUUGUGGCUGAAGCUACAAAGGAAACAUCUGCUACACCUGCAGAUGGCCAGGAUUCUGGAGUGAUAUCUGAACGCAGCCUGCCAUCUUCUCAGGAAGAUGCCAGUGGAAAAUGUUCCUCAUAUUCUGAGCACUAAAUGUACCAAAAAGUCAUGUUCAAAUGUUGACUUCAAGUGGUGCCAUUCUGAAAGUGAUGUUUUGUUUUGCGUUACUGACUGGUCACGUCAGUAUUUGGUUUGGUAUUGUUCACAACAUUUGGUCUAUCAGGUGCUAUCCACCCAGGAAUUUCCACUGCUUGGUGCCUUAGUGCCAAAGUGGAAGUUUAGGAAUCUUCAUAGUCUAUUUCUGACAUACAGAUGGGCAGGAAGUUAAUGCAGGCUCAACUCAGGAUUCAUGUAAACUGUAGGAGAUCAGAUGUGCUCAAGAAGUACAUGCGAUCCCCAAAUAAAGUUGUGUCUGGUCACACCUUCACACUGCCUCCCAGCCUGUGGUUGUGAAAGUGGACAUUCUAGCCAUUUCUAGACCUGCCAGCUUUUGUUACCUGUUUCUGUCCUGAGCCUUUAACAAGAGUUUGCUAUGUAAAUAUUAGCAGGCGAUAGU